GGGUGUGAAUCGUGUGUUGUGUUAGCUCCGCCUGUGUACUUCUCGUCGACGCGACUUAGGGGAAUUUGGGCAGUGACAGCUGUCAGCUGUUUUAUUACAAUGACAGGUGUUUUAGAUUGUUGUAGAUAAACUUUCAAUGUUUAUUGUUGAAUUAUGAAUUGAUAAAAGCGCCGAGUCAUGAUUGUCGCACCAAACACACACUUUAUCGUCGUUUUUUUACAGAAAAUGGUGCUAAUUAGUUGUUUCAUAAUGUUUAUCUUUGUUGUUGUUGGAAGAGGCUCAAUUUAUAAAAAUCUCAAACACUUUGAGACGAUUCACGCCGACGAUGUUAUUCACACAGUUGUAAAGCGGGGGACCCCAGCAGGCGAUCACCCAUUCAACAAAAUCAAAGAAGUGAACUUUAAUACCCACGGUCGUGACUUCCGCCUCAUUCUAACCCCGAAACGGAGCGUCCUACAUUCGAAAUUCAAAGCCUAUUCUGUGGAUGGAAAUGGAAAAGAAACAACCGUCCACAUUGACCAUGAACAAUUUUACCAUGGGCGGGUUUUCGGGGAAACCCUGUCUCACGUGAGCUUGCACAUCGACGAUGGAGUGAUAACAGGAAACAUUCACUUGCCGGAUGAAACCUAUCACGUUGAGCCGUCGUGGCGACACAUCCCUCACCUAGACAACAAAACGAUGAUCACCUACAAGCAAUCAGACGUGAAAUUCAGUUGGGACCGUGAUACUCUACCCCCGGGGCAAGUGGGCCCCAGAAUUUGCGGAUACGUGAAAGAAGGCGACGAUCUUGACGACAAUGAGGAUGUUGAAGACAACCAAUGGACGUCUGAACAACACAGGGAGAAGCGACAGGUGGACCCGUACGAUUUUCCGCCUACUAAAACCAGGUGUCCGCUCUUAUUGGUCGCGGACUAUAGAUUCUUCCAAGAAAUGGGUGCCAGUAAUACUAAAACCACAAUUAACUACUUGAUAAGUCUUAUUGACCGCGUGCAUAAAAUCUACAAUGACACGGUGUGGCAAGACCGCCAGCAGGAAGAAGGUCUCAAGGGGAUGGGUUUUGUGAUUAAGAAAAUCGUGGUGCAUAGUGAGCCGACGCGGAUCAAAGCGGGCGAGGCGCACUAUAACAUGAUACGAGAAAAGUGGGACGUGAGGAAUUUAUUAGAGGUUUUCAGCCGAGAGUACACUCACAAGGACUUCUGCUUGGCCCACUUGUUCACCGAUCUGAAGUUUGAAGGGGGGAUUUUGGGGCUGGCGUACGUGGGGUCUCCGAGGCGCAACUCGGUGGGAGGCAUCUGUACUCCAGAAUACUUCAAAAACGGCUACACCCUUUACUUAAACUCCGGCUUAAGUUCAAGCCGCAAUCACUACGGUCAAAGAGUGAUAACCAGAGAAGCCGAUCUAGUCACAGCGCACGAAUUCGGCCACAAUUGGGGCUCCGAACACGACCCCGACAUCCCCGAGUGUUCCCCAAGCGCAAGCCAAGGCGGCUCCUACCUCAUGUACACCUACAGCGUGAGCGGCUACGACGUCAACAACAAACGCUUUUCUCCAUGCAGUCUGCGCUCCAUCCGCAAAGUCCUCCAGGCCAAAUCCGGCCGCUGCUUCUCCGAGCCCGAAGAGAGCUUCUGCGGCAACUUGCGCGUCGAAGGCGACGAGGAGUGCGACGCCGGGCUCCUAGGCACCGAAGAUAACGACUCCUGCUGCGACAAAGACUGCAAGCUGCGCCCCAAAGCUGUUUGCAGUGACAAGAACUCCCCCUGUUGCCAGAACUGUCAGUACAUGACUAGCGACGUGAAGUGCAGGGAGGCGCAAUACGCCACUUGCGAACAAGAGUCUAAGUGCACGGGCACGCAGGCGGAGUGCCCCAAGAGUCCCCCCAUGGACGACGGCACGAGCUGCCAGGAGCGCGGCAAGUGCAAAGGGGGUAAAUGUAUCCCGUUUUGCGAGACGCAGGGGCUGCAGAGCUGCAUGUGCGAUAUAAUUGUGGAUGCGUGUAAGCGGUGUUGCCGCUCCAACAUCAACGAGACGUGCUCGCCUGUGGAGCCGCCGGAUAUUCUGGCUGAUGGGACACCGUGUAUACAGGGGUUUUGCAACAAGGGUCACUGUGAGAAAACCGUGCAAGAUGUAGUCGAGCGAUUUUGGGAUAUCAUUGAAGAUAUUAAUAUAAAUAAAGUUUUGUUGUUUUUGAGAGAUAACAUAGUUGGAACUGUCGUUUUGGUGACGGCUUUGUUGUGGAUACCGACGAGCUGCGUGAUCAACUACGUGGAUAGAAAGCGCAGGCGCGAGGAACAGGACAGGUGGGAUUGGCGGCAUAAAAGCGACUUAAUCCAUCCCUCUGAAAACAGACGGAUCAUCUACAUAAGGGUACCCAGAAGGAACGUCUAGGUCAAAAACACACAUACUCAUUGUAAAUAAGUCUUUAUUAAGAUUAAUAUCACACAAGUGUGAACAGCUCUUAAAAAAUAGUUGUCAGUUUCUAGGGUGUGGACAAAGAACGAGAUAUUUGUCUACGGAAAGUGGCAUUGCGUGAAGUUUUAUGGUUACAAUAGUUGUAGAUAUCACUUAGACUUAAAUCAUUUAUUCAAUUGAUGAACUAUGUACUACAUGUAAUAUCACCUGCAAAACGGGUUAUGUGUCAACGUGUACUACGAUUUCCUGCAACAAAGGGGAGCAAAAGGUCCACAUAUGUAAAAGAACGACUGUAGCUGAAAAUUGACGAAUAAACUUUUUAUAGUC